UUAACCUAUUUCUUCCGUUACAGAAAAAUGAAAACCAUUAACACCACCAUUACUUUCGACAUUAACUCAUUCAUCUCAUCAUUCAAAACAUCCGUUUCGUAUCUUCUUAGGAAUCAAAAUUAUGAUACGGUCUCAUAUAUAAAUCCACACAAACUAAGAUGAACAAACCUUUCCCCAUCGAACAAAUCUUUUAUCUCAGGUGGGAUACACCAAAUUCCUAGUGGUAUUUUGCAUGAAGUUAAAGGAACAAAAUGGAGAUGGAUUUAUCUUACAAAAACAAAUGUGUUUUGCCAAAUCUGACGGUUCUGGAUGGACCUCUUACAGCGAUCGACGACUCUCACUUCUCCUAAAAUAUGGAAAAGUGAAAAUCUUACAAAAACAAUUGUAUUUUGCCAAAUCUAACGGUUCUGGAUGGACCUCUUACAACGAUCGACGACUCUCACUUCUCCUAAGAUAUGGAAAAGUGAAAGAGAUAAAUCAUGGCGCAAAAUGAUUCCCCCUUCUACGCCAUCAUCCUACGUUCCAUAUUCUUUUACUAUUAUUCUUCCACUUAUUCUACUUCAGUUUUCAUACGUUACAACCAAAGAGUCACAUUAUAUCCCACUAACAGCGUCAUUGACUGUGCUUAGAAAACGGCAUAUGGCAGGCCAAGAGACUCUUCCAUAACCACAUCUUGCAUUCUAAAUUAACCUAUUUCUUCCGUUACAGAAAAAUGAAAACCAUUAACACCACCAUUACUUUCGGCAUUAACUCAUUCAUCUCAUCAUUCAAAACAUCCGUUUCGCAUCUUCUUAGGAGUCAAAAUUAUGAUACGGUCUCAUAUAUAAACCCACACAAACUAAGAUGAACAAACCUUUCCCCAUCGAACAAAUCUUUUAUCUCAGGUGGGAUACACCAAAUUCCUGGUGGUAUUUUGCAUGAAGUUAAAGGAACAAAAUAGAGAUGGAUUUUGAGUGAAAAUUGAGGUUUUUCACAUGAUAUCAUGAUAUGAAAUUGGGAGUGAAUGACUAAUUUAUUUAGACCUUCAUGUGUAGGAGGAAAAAGUAAUGAUUUAGAAGUCAUAAUCCUCCUCUUAUGUCACAUCUUAAAUCCACAACCAUGCCGAGAGCAGAAAGUAUGGUCAUGUAGGAUUUCGUUGGUUGCAUCUGAGGAGGGAAUCUUCAUUUGGCCAUAUUUAAUGGGAGAAGGGUAUGUGAUGGCAAUACUGUACAAAAUUGGAACUUUGCGACUUCAGUUUAGAAUUUAAAGAAAGUAAUUUUCCGUGGCGGCUAUCAGGACUGAACCAGUACUAGCCAUGUUGAAAUUGAGCGAGGAUUUCUUUGACCGGUCAAUGAGAGGGGAGGUUAGCCAACUCUCGACGUGGUGUGAGAGAUGUGAUUGGGUGUUUAGGUUGUUGAUGAAGGGCGACUGUGACUCUGAAGCAUCAUCUCUGGUAACUGGUAUGAAUGAAUUAUAUGGACCCUCAUCCAACCUAUAGGUAUUAGGUCUAGAAAAAAACAAAUCCAACGGCUGAAAAAUAACAAACAAAGGCGGCUGAUUCCUCUUCCUCCCUCAUUAAACCUCUGCCCUAAAACUCCUCCUCCUCUGAAGAGACUAACAUCUACAGCAGAGAUAUGGACAUCCCAUUCCAAACAAAACAAGAAGAUUCAGAUUCAGAUUUAGAAAUAAACCCUCUCAAUGUCUUUUUACAAGAUGAUCAUAAUGAUGAUGAUGAAGAUCAAAUGAGGUUAUUAGCUACUGAAGAAGAAAACCUAGGAGGAGGAACAGGAUAUAAACAAGAGCAGCAUUAUCUUCACUCAAUUAAAACAUCAGUAGUGAUAAGACAACUUCCUUGUCAAGGUCUCUCUUUUCAGCUUUGGCCAGCAGCAACUACUCUUGUCAAUCUCCUUGAUCACCACCAUCAAUCCAGGAAUCAUAUCAAAACCCCUCUUUCUGAAUUUCGUCUUUGUCGGCGUAUUCUUGAGCUUGGCUCAGGUACCGGUCUUGCUGGCAUUGCGGCAGCAGCUAUUCUAAGCUCUUCCUGCGUUAUAACUGACCUCCCUCAUGUCCUUCCCAACCUCCAAUUCAAUGCCGAUGCCAAUUCGACUGUGCUCCUCUCUCGCGGUGCUUCUGUUAAUGUCUCUCCUCUGAGGUGGGGAGACAAGGAUGAUAUGGAAUUAGUGGGGCGUGAGUUCGAUGUCAUAUUGGGUUCGGAUGUAGUUUACUAUGAUUACCUCUACGACCCUCUUUUGCAAACUCUACGCUUCUUCUUAGAAGGAGACGAAAAAGACACUAGUCAAGCUGCUCCAGUAUUCCUGAUGGCUCAUCUCAAGAGGUGGAAGAAGGAUUCUGUAUUCUUUAGAAAAGCAAGGAAAAUGUUCAAUGUUGAGGUAAUUCACACCGAUACUCCUAACCUAGGAUGUCGAAUUGGUGUUGUUGUUUAUUGUUUCUCAGGGAAGAAAAAGCAACCCCCAGCCAGGGGAAUGAAUUCUCUUCAAUGAUAUGUUUCUGAAUCUAGAACACAUUUCUAAAGUUAUUUAGCUUAAAUCUCUUCUAAAA